AUGGAGUCUUUUCCAAGUGCCAAGAGCAUGAUACUUUUAUCUGGAACAAUUAGAACACUGCCCACUGGGGAGGAAGAUAUCAUUUUCACGACCAUCAGCCCAGCCACAUCAAUUCCAACAGUGCCCACUGGGAAGGGAGAAGGCGUAUCUACAACUAGUGGAGUUGCCCUUACCUCGGUCAUCUCUGGUCUCGUGUUUGUCAGCAUCGUGGUGAUUCUUGCCUGA